UGGACAUUUUACUUCCCUGUGCAAAUUCCCUCCUAUCAAAACGUUCAUGAUGUAAAAAAAACCCAUAAUGGCCUCAUCAGUCCAAAAACUUUGUACAAUUUGCCAUGAUGAUGGAAUCUCCAACUCAGCAAUCACGUGGUGUACAGAUUGCGAGUUUUUCUUUUGUGGAGAGUGUGACAAAACUCACAGCAAGUCUCAUCUAUCAAAACACCAUAAAACAAUGUCAUCUGAAGAUUACCUAAAGUUACCUACAUUCAUGCAAGAAAUAAGUAGUCAAUGCAGAGACCACAAGAAGAAGUUUGAACUGUAUUGUUCUUUUCAUGCCUGUCCAUGUUGUGUCCAGUGCAUCACUGAUAAACACAAGAAAUGUCAAGACAUGAAACCCUUGUCAGAUAUCCUUCAACAAGUCAAAUCAUCUGCCUCAGUGCAACUUUUUGAAAAAGAUUUGAAGAAUGUUAAGGAAAACUUAGAUACAGCCAUAAAGUAUAUGAAAACCAGAACCAGUACCAUCAAUACUCAGAAAACAAGAGCCGUUAAGGAAAUUAAACAUUUGAAAAAUUCAAUAAAUGAUUACUUAAACAAAUUAGAGCAAGACAUACUUAAUGAUUUAGAGUCUAAACAUUCAAAGCUACAAUCAAACAUGGCCACUCUCGUGCAACAAAUGGAACAGCGAGCCAGUCAAAUAGACCGAAUGCAGAGCCAGUUCACCAAAAUGACCCAAUAUGCAACAGAGCUACAGAUGUAUAUUGGUCUAAGAGAAAUUGAGAAAACUACAUCAGAAACCGCAAAAUACAUAGACGAUUUAGAAAGUGGGGACCACUUUAUUGAAAAGCAUCUAAAGGUUGAAAUUUCAUCUGCUCUUCAAUCAAUUUUACAGGAUGUCAAAUCAUUUGGAGAUAUUCAUGUUAAUACCGCCCCUUCUUCUCUAAAAAUAAAGGCUGGAAGAAAAGAUCAAGCUCAGCAUUUGGUUCCAAAUGUUCCUGGGAUUGAACAAAUAAAGCCAUCCUUGUUGACAAAACUGACAAUUCCAAAAGAUGUGAAGUCUGUACGUAUAACUGCCUGUUUCAUAUUACCUGAUAGUAAAUUUAUAAUACUGGAUCAGAGGGAAAAUCAACUUCUGCUGUUCAGUAAUGAUGGCAUCUUCAUCAGAAAAGUUGUUACAUUCACAGAUACUCCAUAUGAUGCAUGCAUUGUCAGAAAUAAUACAGUGGUCGUCACAUUAGGAUCAGCAAUGCAAACAACACUAGUGGAUAUAGAAAAGAAUGAAAUUAUUCAAACAAUUCAACUAUCUCAUGUUUGUCAUGGAGUAGCAAGUGAUGGUAAAACUUUGGUAAUCAGUGAUGGAGACGGCCAAUGUACUACAGUGAAUCUGAAUGACAUGUCUCAUACAAUCUUAAAAGGAAUGGAAGGAGUGUUUCGUAUUUCAUUAUACAAAGGAAAUAUCUGUGGUAUCAAUAACUAUGACAAUAAAGUCUGCUGCUAUAAAAGUACUGGAGAACCUGUCUGGACAUUUCAGUACCAAGACGUUAACAAUCCAAAAGGAAUUGCACUUGACAAGAAUGGCUUUGUUUAUAUAGCUUCUUUUGUAAACGACAGUAUCGUGGUAGUAUCACCAGAUGGUAAAACCUGUAAGACAAUACUAUCAGAGGCUGAUGGAAUCAAACAUCCUUGGGCAAUAGACAUAAACAGAGAAACCCAAACGAUGAUAGUGUCAAGUGAAAUAAGUGCUGACAAUGAUACAGCUUUUGUAUAUAAAAUUUAA